AUGUCAACGUCUAGGAACACAAAUACUGAUAGCGAGCAAAGUAGUAUUAGAAGGCAUUUUCCAUUGCCUAAACUGGACCUUCCAACUUUUUCGGGGGGUUAUGAAGAGUGGCUGGGUUUUAAAGACACAUUUUCUGCCAUUAUUCAUAACGAACCAAAUAUUCCAAACGUUCAAAAAUUUAGAUAUUUGAAAUCGUAUUUAAAAGAUAACGCAGCGCGAGUGGUCGAAAAUAUUGAGAUUUCUGAAUCGGGAUAUGUUGCAGCGUGGAAAUUGUUAGACGAACGAUUUAAUAACAAACGAAUAAUAAUUCAAACUCACAUGACGGCUCUGUUUGAAUUGCCGGUUCCAAGCAGAGAGUCACCGUCAUGUUUGCGAAAUUUUCUUGACUCAAUAUUAAGACACACUCGUGCUCUAAAUGUUCUCGGUCAACCCACUGAAAAAUGGGAUACUCCUUUGAUUUGUUUAUUAACUAAUAAACUUGAUAAAGAUUCGCGCAGAGAGUGGGAACGUUCAGUGAAGGGCAGUGAAAUGCCUACGUUCGAUAGUCUGACUGCAUUUUUGCAGGAAAAAUGUCAAAUUUUGGAGACCUUGAAUCCUGUCGCCAAUAAUGUAAACAAAAACAAUUUAAAAGGAAAUAAUAAACCUCAAAUUAAUCAUGAUAAAAGGAUCAUUAGUAUUCUUCCGAAAAUUACUGGCCAUAUUCCAACUUGUCCUAUAAACAAAGAAACACUAAAAAUUCCUCACUAUCUUAAAUUAGCUGACCCAGAAUUUCACUUACCAAAAACAGUCGACAUUUUAAUUGGAGCAGAACUUUUUUAUGAAUUAUUAGGAAACAGUAAAAUUUCUCUCGCAAUGCCACAUACAUCAUUACAAAGUUCCAGAUUAGGGUGGAUUGUGAUUGAGAAAAUGAACGAAAAUAAGUUUAUACAAAGUAUAAAAUGUAAUCUUGUUAGAGAUCCAAUUUUGCUCCAGUUAAAUAAAUUUUGGGAAAUCAAAGAGGGUAAAUCAAUUAAGCAUAUAACAAAAGAAGAAGCUGAGUCUGAACAACAUUUCAACCAAAACACACAACGGGAUAAUGAGGGAAAAUACAUCGUUCGACUACCUUUUAAUCAGCGGAAAAAUGAAUUGGGAGAUUCUUAUGAAAUAGCGAGAAAACGAUUUUUUAUGUUAGAAAGACGACUUCAGAAAAAUAUUAAAUUGAAGGAACAAUACGACCAAUUCAUCAGGGAAUAUCAGGAGUUAGAACACUUGGAACCAACGUACAGUGGAAGGGAUGAAGGUUACUACAUACCACAUCAGGCGGUGAUUAGUGAGGAUGAUUUUAUUAAAUUAUUUAGAGUGGUGUUUGAUGGUUCCUCCAAAACAACCAGUGGAACAUCACUCAAUGAUAUUUUGAUGGUAGGUGCAACAAUUCAGGAUGGGCUCGUGACAUUGUUGAUUCGUUUCAGACAACAUCCAAUUGCAUUUAGUGCAGAUAUCCAAAAAAUGUACCGGCAAUUCUGGAUACACGAAGACGAUAGGAAAUAUCAAAAGAUAUUGUGGCGGUAUGAUAGUGAUUCACCUCUUAGGACAUUCCAACUUAAGACAGUUACAUAUGGUACUUCGGCUGCACCAUUUUUGGCGACCCGAUGUCUCCAGGAAUUAGCUGCAAAUGAGGGUGAUGAUUUUCCUGAUGCUGCUCAAAUCCUUGAAAAUGAUUUUUACGUGGACGACAUGCUGUCAGGAGCUGAUUCCAUAGAAAAAGCUCAACAGUUAUGUCAUGACAUCAUACGAUUGACUUCUAAAGGAGGACUCAGUCUACGCAAAUGGAAAUCGAAUGUACCAGAAAUCAUUGAGGGAAUAUCAUCAUCAGCAAGAAGUGUGGAACCAACCUUGACCUUGAAUGCUGAAUCAAUAUCUAAAACUCUGGGUGUGAAAUGGGACUCUAAAAAAGAUGCAUUAUUAUUUGAGGUAGCAGAUCAACAGGAAGUUCCAAUUACAUCAAAAAGAGUGAUGCUGUCUCAAAUCGCAAAACUUUAUGAUCCACUCGGUCUCGUUGCUCCAGUAGUAACAUAUGCAAAAAUAAGGAUGCAAGAUUUAUGGAAGAUUGGACAAUCCUGGGAUGAUCCUGUGCCACCAGAAAUACUAGACCCAUAUAAUGCAUAUCGUGAACAAUUGCAGUUGAUCAACGAGUGGGAGUUGCCGAGAGCUGCAAGAAUCAUGGAUGCAGAGGACACACAGAUCCACGGUUUCGCGGAUGCAAGCGAAAAAGCUUAUGGCGCUUGCGUCUAUAUCCGAUCAUCAAAAGGAAACAAUCACCAAUGCAUUCUCUUAUACGCAAAAUCACGAGUAGCUCCAGUGAAGAUAGUCACGCUACCUAGGCUUGAGUUGUGCGCAGCAGUAUUGUUGACGACAGUACUUAAGACAGUAAAGGAGUCACUUAAAUGUAAAGUGGAUCAGGUACGACUUUGGUCAGACUCGACAAUUGUGCUGAACUGGAUAAAUUCCCCUCCGCAUAAGUUCAACACAUUUGUCGCAAAUCGAAUAGCCGAGAUUCAUGGAUCAACAUCAGCUGAUAUGUGGGGACACGUAUCUUCGGGGGAUAAUCCAGCUGACUUCAUUUCUCGGGGACAAAUGCCUGCAGACUUCAUCAAUAAUCAAAUGUGGAAAGAAGGUCCAAAAUGGUUAUCACAAUCAGAAGAAUUUUGGCCUAAUUACACUUUGGAACAAUUUGAUCCUCCUGAACAAAAAAAAACAUCGUGCUGA